GAGGAUGAUUUCAUGUGCGAUGAUGAAGAGGAUUAUGAUUUGGUAAUUUCGCAUGACUGCUAAUGAUUGCUAAUCCCCACAAAAUAAGAAAAUAAUUUUGCAUAUUUUAAAAAAAGUAUUUGUUAAAAAUGAUAAUAUAUGUUAGUCAGUUGUUUUCAUUAAGUUUAAUUGCUCCGGUUGUCCAUUUCGUUUUAUAUUAUUUUGUCUGAUAUUUCUAUUUAAUUCUUAAUCGCCUCUAGUGUAAAACCGGUAUUAUUUAAAAUACUCACUGAAAUGAGGAGUAUUCUGAGGAUAGUAACUCAGAACCUGAUGUUGACUUAGAAAAUCAAUAUUACAAUUCUAAGUCCCUGAAAGAAGAUGAUCCAAAGGCUGCUCUUAAUAGUUUCCAGAAAGUAUUAGAUUUAGAAGGUGGUGAGAAAGGUGAAUGGGGAUUUAAGGCUUUGAAACAAAUGAUAAAAAUAAACUUCAAAAUGGGUAAAUUUGGAGAGAUGAUGAAUAGAUACAAACAACUUUUAACUUAUAUCAAAAGUGCUGUGACGAGAAAUUACUCUGAAAAAUCAAUUAAUUCCAUAUUAGAUUAUAUUUCAACCUCCAAACAGAUGGAGCUACUGCAAGAAUUUUAUGAAACAACACUUGAAGCUUUGAAAGAUGCCAAAAAUGAUAGGCUUUGGUUUAAAACAAAUACUAAACUUGGUAAACUGUAUUUUGAUCGAGGUGAAUACAAUAAAUUAGCUAAAAUAUUAAAACAGCUUCAUCAGUCUUGCCAGACUGAUGAUGGAUCUGAUGACCUAAAGAAAGGCACUCAGCUGCUGGAAAUUUAUGCAUUAGAAAUUCAAAUGUACACAGCUCAAAAGAAUAAUAAAAAGUUAAAAAAAUUAUAUGAACAGUCAUUACAUAUAAAAUCAGCUAUACCACAUCCUUUGAUCAUGGGAGUAAUAAGAGAAUGUGGAGGUAAGAUGCAUCUUCGAGAAGGAGAAUAUGAAAAAGCUCACACGGAUUUCUUUGAAGCUUUUAAAAAUUAUGAUGAAUCUGGAAGCCCCCGGCGGACAACAUGCUUAAAAUAUUUAGUUUUGGCUAAUAUGUUAAUGAAAUCUGGUAUUAAUCCCUUUGAUUCACAAGAAGCUAAACCCUACAAAAAUGAUCCUGAAAUAUUGGCUAUGACAAAUUUAGUGAGUGCCUAUCAAAAUAAUGACAUAAAUGAAUUUGAGAAGAUACUGAAAACUAACCGUAGGAAUAUAAUGGAUGAUCCUUUUAUUAGGGAGCAUAUAGAAGAUCUUCUUAGGAAUAUCAGGACACAAGUUCUUAUUAAAUUAAUUAAGCCUUAUACUAGGAUUCAUAUACCUUUUAUUUCAAAAGAGCUAAAUAUUGAUGUGAUUGAAGUAGAAAAUUUAUUGGUUUCUUGCAUAUUGGAUAGUACUAUUCAAGGCCGUAUAGAUCAAGAAAACCAAGUUUUGAAGUUGGACAAGAAAACACAAGGUGCUGCUAGGUACAGUGCUCUAGAUAAAUGGACUGGUCAACUAUCUACUUUACAUCAGACUAUUGUAAAUAAAAUGGCAUAGCAAGAAUAUUAUAGAACUAAAAAAAAUUGCUUAGUCUACAACUGAUAUUUAUCUGUUUGGUGACUAAUGCUCGCACUCUGUGAUUGAUAAUGAAACCCUCGUCCAUUGGAGACACAUUCACAUGCCUAUUGGAUGGAUGGAUGGCUCAUUUUUUUUCUUUUUCAAUUGACCAUUCCGAAUGUGCCUGUACAAAAACUAUGAAAAGCAUGAAUGUGGGUGUGCAAUCGUAGAGUGGUUAUUUUUUUUUUCACUUUCAUGUACCAAAUAAAAGCUUCAUCCCACUUGUAAUUGUUUUGAAAUAUUGAAAACUAACAGACUGUAUUUAAUGUGUUUUGUUUAUUUGUUUGUGACCUAAGAGAAUACAUGUUUUUCUACUGUUUGAGAGAUAAUUAAAAAGUAACUAAUUUAUAAGUUGUCUUAAAUAAGUGAAGCUUUCAUUAUUGCUGAACCAAAGUUCAUGCCGAUUCAUAGAAAUUUCAUUGAAACAACGUGUAAUGUAAAUUUGAAACUAGUUUUAUUGCUUUACAUUUUUAAAAAAAAAAUAAAAUAUUUCACAUGUUUCCUAUUCA